CCCCCGGAUUCUCUCUCUCUCUCUACCCGUGUACCCUCUCUCUCCUCAGCUUCCUUUCUCUCUCCCCGUUAAUCCACCCUCGCUCUAGUAUUCCUUUCCACUUCUCCCCUGCUCAAUCUCAGCUCCCCUGCCUGCGAAGCAUCCCCCAUCUCUCCCCAAUCUCUCCAAUCGCGCGGAGCUCGCACGCAAGCCCGUGCCCCUCACCCACCCGCCAAACCCUAACCCUAACCCGAACCGACCCAGGGUCCCGGCCGCGGCGGCGGGAGGCAUGGCGGACACGGCGCGCGACGGCGGGGACGCCUUCGUGGACGAGGUGGAGCCCACGGUCACCAUCGGCGAGUACAUCGAGGGCAUCGAGGCCGAGGAGCUGGAGGCGGAUUUGGUGCUGGGCGGCGACGACGGCAAGGAGUGCACCUACGCCGGCGGGUACCUCAAGCGCCAGGCCGUCUUUUCCUGCCUCACCUGCGUGCCGGAUGGAGUCGCCGGGGUGUGCACCGCCUGCAGCCUCGCCUGCCACGACGGACAUGAGAUUGUUGAACUUUGGACAAAGAGAAAGUUUCGUUGUGACUGUGGCAACUCAAAGUUUAGUGGCCACCUCUGCAAACUCUGCCCUGAGAAAGAUUCUGAGAAUCCAGAAAAUUGUUAUAACCAUAACUUUAAAGGUUCCUAUUGCACAUGUGGAAGGCCUUAUCCUGAUCCAGAAGCUAAGGAGCAAGUUGAAAUGAUACAAUGCUGUAUUUGCGAGGACUGGUUUCAUGAGGAUCAUAUUGGUCUUAACUCUAUUGAAGAGAUACCGCGAGAUGAGGAAGGGGAACCACUCUAUGAAGAUUUCAUUUGCCAUAAAUGCUCACCUGUUUGUUAUUUCUUGAAACUCUAUCCUGAAACAAUUUGGGCUUCUGGUAAGCAGAAUUUGGCAUCACAAACUGACACAAAUGAUUCAACUGUGAUGGAAGGAGUUCCUUCGGAUCAUGCUAACAUUAAGGAACAUGAAAAUGGUGCUCUUGAUCAUAUGGGUGGCGAGAAGACCUCCAUGGAGAAUGGUUUUACAAAAGAUAUUGUAGUUCCUGAGAAGGCCAAUUUUGGGGACAGUUCUGGAAACAACUGCAAGCUAGGAACAGAUGUAAAUACAAUGCCAUCUGUUACAGAGAAAAAUAUGCCCUUCUUCAUGUCUAAAGGCUGGAGGGACACACUAUGUAGGUGCGAAACAUGCACUAACUUCUAUGCACAACGAGGUAUUGCAUAUCUUGUUGACAAGGAGGACUCUAUUGAGGAGUAUGAGAAGAUUGCCAAGCAGAAGAGGGAGAAGAAGUUGGAGCAGCAGGAAGGAGCUGAGACAAACUUUCUAAAUUCGCUUAACCAUGUUCAGAAGAUAGAGAUCUUGAGUGGCAUUAAUGACAUGAAGAAUGAGUUUCAGUCCUUUCUGGAAUCUUUUGACUCGUCAAAACCUGUCACAUCAGAAGAUAUCCGCUCUGUUUUUGAGAAUCUGGCUAAGAAGAAGAAACAGAGGUUAUCUUAGAGCUUGUGUAGCUUCAAAUCCUGCCGAGUCAAGGGCUACUUGGGUACCUUUAGACAUACUGAGUAAUGUCAUCCUAGGUGCUACUGGACUUGCCAGUGAUGUGGAAUUCCUGCAGCAACACGGUAAUGUUUAAUGUACCGAAGUGGGUCGCAGUAGGUUUCGAUGGCCCAGCUGGCGAACAACCUGUUUGCUCCUUAAUCUGGACACUGUUAGAUGGUAAUUUACAUUGUGUUACCAGUCCCUUGCAGAUGCAAGUUGCCCUAGGUACUAGUUCUGCUGAGUAUGAUGCUUGCCCUGUAGCAUUGCAACACACUGAGUCCUGGUUCUGCUGAUCCCUGGUAGAUCCAUCUUAUCCAUUAACCAA